UCCUCCAACUCUUACUCGAAUUUUGACGCUGCUGUUUAUGCAGCUGCAUCAUCUUACCUGCACUCAAAAGCAACAGGAACUACGAAUGCCUGGAUGAGUAAAAAGCCUGCUGGCGGUGGGCGAGGUGGUGGCUUCGCCAAUAAACGUUUCGGUGCGGGAGGUGGAGCACAGAGAGAGGCGCAGCAGUUUUACUGCGAGGUGUGCAAAAUAUCAUGUGCAGGCCAGCUUACCUACAAGGAACACUUGGAGGGGCAGCGUCACAAGAAGAAAGAAGCACUGGCGAAGGGAGAGAACAACCCAAGUUUGCCUAAAAGCAAGGUGUCUUUCCGCUGUGAUCUCUGCAACGUCACUUGUACCGGACAAGAUACGUAUAAUGCCCACGUUCGCGGUGCCAAGCAUCAGAAAACAUUGACUCUUUGUAAAAAGCUGGGUAAACCCAUUCCGUCUACGGAGCCUACCAUUAUUCCACCGUCAGAGAUGGGUGGUGUCAUCCCUCCACCUCCAAGUACCUCCACAGCAACACCAGCUUCGACUGCUAACGCUGCAGCGAAAAGGGUGGUGGGAAUCUCUACUGUUAAUUUUGUUGGAGGGACAAAACUGUCGUCGACAGCUGGACAACUUGAAGCAAAAAAGCAGCAAGUUAUGCAAGCGGUGGGUAGUGCUGGUGUGAAACCUGCCGAAGAACCUACAUCGCAGGCAAUUAAGGGACAAACGGAAGAGCUUCAGGCUCUUAUCGCUGCUGAGCAAAGCUUGAAGCCAGUUGGUGAAGAGUUUGUGGAAGCGCAACGUGACGCAACUGGUAAGCUCCUGCAGUACCUCUGCAAGCUGUGUGAUUGCAAGUUCAGUGAUCCUAAUGCGAAAGAAAUUCAUCUCAAAGGGCGAAGACAUCGGCUACAGUACAAAAUGAAGGUCGAUCCAAAUCUGGAAGUUGAAGUCAAGCAGGCAGCCAAUCGAAGAGGAGCCAAGUAUGAACGUGGACGUGGUCCUAUGGGAGUUAUGUUGCCUCGUGGCGGUCCUUUGCCUCCUCCUGCAGGUGUGCCUUUACCCCGCAGUAUUGGACCAUUCGCACCAGGAGGGCCUGGCAUGCGUGGUCCAUGGUUCGGCAAUGGUCCAAUAGAUGGCAGGCGGUUCGAAAGUACCGACGAUCGUCACGUUCAGGCGAAACAUACCUCUAUCUAUCCAAAUGACGAGCAACUCACUGUCAUUGAAAGUCUUGUUACCGAGACAGAAAAAGCACUGAAGAAAGUGUCAGAUUACUUUAACGAGCGGUAUGCUGCAUCCUUGAGGUUUUAUUUUUUUACGAGCUCGACUUCUCAGGUGUUCGGUAACAGAAUCUUUUAUAGUGACCAGCCUGAAACUAAGCCGCUGAUCAAAGCAGCCUCUGAAGAAGGAGAAAAAGUCAAAGAAGCUGCUACACCGGAGAAGGACCGUCUUUUAAAAGGAGUGAUGCGAGUUGGGAUGCUAUCAAAGGGAUUACUGCUCAAGGAUGAUACGGAGGUCCAUUUAGUCGUGUUGUGCUCUCGCAUUCCUGGCGUGGCACUAUUGAAAGAGGUUGCAUCUCUAAUUCCGCUUCAUUAUGAGAAACCCGAGGGCUCUACUGUCGAAAUAUCCUUGGAAGAAUCGACCGCAUCCAUGAUUCUGCGACAGAGUUCAGUACCGAUGCAGUGUAGAAUUACACUAACAUCUCGCGAAUUCAGAGAAGAUGCAGCAGGAGACGCAGCGCUUCUCCCGCCCCCUGGAGAUGCUCUAGACAAAGAGGCUUGCCUCAAAGCACUGGCUCAGCUGCGCCACGCUAAGUGGUUCCAGGUGGCUAUCACUGAUGUACGACUGAAUGGAUGUGAGUUCAGGCUAGAUGUAUCUACCUUCAAUCCUGCCAGAUUACGCUUCGUAUCCUUCGUGAUAUUCGAGCAAGAAUUGAAUCAUGGCGAACUCUCACGGACUGGAUGUGCGAGCUACUCGUGGAGAAGGUGUUGUCAUCGUGUUUGGCUCCUCUUUCUGUCGGCGAGUGCUGCUUUACGUCGCGUUUUUGAGGCAGUUGCAAGCGGUGUACUUCUUAAAACUGGUCCAGGUAUUGCCGAUCCGUGUGAAAAGGAAGCGGUGGACGUUCUGGCGCCUCUUACCGGGCAGCAGAGGGAAGCGAUCACUGCUAGUGCUCAGCAUGCUCUUCGUCUAAUAGCCUUUAACCAGCUUUACAAGGUGUUGGGAUUGGAGCGUCUGCCUGAUGUUCGCCCACCGCUUACUGACAGGAAACGACCAAUGGACACUGCAAACGCUGUUGAAGAGGUGAAGAAAGACAAAAAGGAAGGAGAGAACGGAAACGCCGAAACUGCAAACACCGCUGUUUCGAUUAAAAUGGAAGUGUGA